CCGCCAAGAAUCGUGCUUCGCAAACUUGGUUCGCUCCAUCGGUCUCUCUCCCCUCCUUUAAAUACUUCUCCAUCUUCCUCCCACCUUUUCCACCUUCCAGUAUCACACAAACUCUCUCUCUCUCUCUCUCUCCGUUAAGAAUGGCCACAAGCCUCAAAGUGGACGAGCUUAGAACGGAGCUCGCCCAACGCGGGCUCAGUACCACCGGAACAAAACCAACCCUGGCGAGGAGACUCCAAGCAGCUCUCACCAAAGAGAAUAAGCAAGCGGCUGAUUCUGGGGAUCAUGGAAAGAGAGAAAGGGACUUGGACACCCCAAAUGGGGAUUCGGAUGGUCCGUCGAAACUCAAAGCGUUCGACAAGUUUCGCAAACUGGGCAUCCAGCAACUCCGCGAAGAAGCCCAGAGACGGGGCAUCUCCUCAUCUGGGUCGAAGAAAGAAUUGCUCGAGAGGCUCUGCUGCGGUGAUGCAGAGGAGGAACCGGCGACUGCAAAUGAACUGGCAGUGGCAGCGAAAGAAGAAGCAGCAGCAACAGAUGAAGUGAAGACAGAGAAGUUAAUUACUGCAACCAAAAAAGGUGUUGCGGUUUUAGAUCAAUGGCUUCCUGACCACAUAAAGGCGAAUUACCAUGUUCUUCAACAGGGUGAUGAUGUAUACGAUGCUAUGUUGAAUCAGACAAAUGUCGGGGAUAACAAUAACAAGUUCUUCGCAAUUCAACUUCUAGAAUCUGAUGACGGGGCUGCAUUCAUGGUUUAUUAUAGAUGGGGGAGAGUUGGUGUUAGGGGUCAAGAUAAACUUCAAGGCCCCUAUACAUCACAAGGUACCGCCAUCAAUGAGUUUGUACAGAAAUUUUAUGCCAAAACAAGAAAUCACUGGUUCAACCGGAAGGAAUUUAUUUGUUACCCUAAAUGCUAUACAUGGCUGGAAAUGGACUAUGGCGGAAAGGAAGAACAAGAGGUCAGUACUGAACCUGCUGUUACUACAAGUCAACUGCGCGAAUCAAAACUUGAGUCUCGUAUUGCAAAGUUUCUCUCUCUCAUAUGCAAUAUCAGUAUGAUGAAACAGCAAAUGAUGGAAAUAGGAUAUAAUGCGGAAAAGCUGCCCCUUGGUAAACUUAGCAAAUCAACGAUAUUGAAGGGUUAUGAUGUAUUAAAAAGGAUCGCUGAUUUGAUUGGACAGUCAGAUAGGAAAAAGCUUGAACAAUUAAGCAGCGAAUUUUAUACUGUCAUACCUCAUGACUUUGGCUUUAAGAAAAUGAGAGAGUUUGUCAUUGACACCCCUCAGAAAUUGAAAAGCAAGUUGGAAAUGGUUGAAGCUCUGGGUGAAAUAGAGGUUGCAUCCAAAUUGUUGAGGGAUGAUAUUGGGACAGAGGAGGAUCCCUUGUAUGCUCGCUAUCAACGUCUUGGAUGCAAACUAACGCCACUUGAAGUCGGUUCUCAGGAAUAUAUGCUGAUUGCAACAUACAUGCACAACACUCAUGCGAAGACCCAUUCUAGUUAUACCGUUGAUAUUGUUCAAAUAUUCCGAGUAUCACGAGAAGUGGAAACUGAACUCUUCAGUAAGUUCUCCAGUACCUCAAAUAGAAUGCUUUUGUGGCAUGGUUCCCGUCUUACAAACUGGACUGGUAUUUUGUCCCAAGGCUUGCGAAUUGCUCCUCCUGAAGCCCCUGCAACUGGCUACAUGUUUGGGAAAGGUGUUUACUUUGCAGAUAUGUUCUCCAAAAGUGCUAAUUAUUGCUUUGCCAAUAGUGCUGCCACAGCUGGUGUUCUUCUUUUAUGUGAGGUUGCACUUGGUGACAUGGUUGAGCUUCUACAUGCGAAGUAUGAUGCCGACAAGUUGCCAGCUGGAAAGCUAAGUACGAAGGGGGUUGGUGCUACUUCACCGGAUCCAUCAGAAGCUCAGGCACUGGAAGAUGGUGUUGUUGUUCCUUUAGGGAGGCCAAAGGAGCAAUCAGAUUGUAAGGGGGCGUUGCUCUACAAUGAGUACAUAGUUUACAAUGUCGACCAGAUUAGAAUGCGUUACGUUGUUCAAGUUAACUUCAAUAUUCAAAUAGUGGCAUAAUAUGGGCAAAGCACCUUGCUAGUAAGCAAGUAUUCAUCAAGAGAAAGUGAUGGCUUUUCUGCUGAAUGAGAUGCAGAAAUUUCUCUUGAAAUGUAUCAUAAUUUGUUCUGUAUGGUGAAAGUUCAAGAAUUUCUACAAAUCAAGCUGUGCAUAUAGCAAAGGUUUUUGUU